AUGUUUGAUGACUUAUCGUUACAGAAAGACGACCUCGAGUCGUUGAAUGCGUCUGCGCCCGUUCUGGAGGCAGAAGGCGUGCAGAGGUAUCUGCAGAUGGCCAACUUCAAGCUGCACCGGUGUUUCGACCGCCAUAACGAGUCGUUCAAGGAUUUCUGGAAGCUCGACGAAAUCCCCGACAAAAACAGUUUCUUCUACCACCACUUCCCGAAGGUGGCCACCAACCACGACAACGAGCACCAUGUGUCCAACUUUGGCAUUUUUCUGAGCCACUUCUAUCUUGGGAGGUGGCUUCCGGACACCAUACAAAAACUGCUAUUUCCCAUUGAGCCCGUGGAGCAGAAGCUGACCGCGAAAAACAUGCCCACCAUCGCCGAGUGCCGUCUUUGUGAGCGCCUGCAAGGACUGUCUGUGUGGACGCGGGCGGGCGAGUGGUUCUGUGUGGACCGCAAGACCCAGCUGCGCUCGAGCGACGAGCUGGGCGAGCGAUUUUUCACCACGUACGGCGAGUACUGUCGGUGGCGCAAGACGUACGGCCAGCGGCUGCGGGAGCUGGAGCAGCAGGCGUACGAGUCCGACGAUUUCGAGGCGCUCGAGAACGAGCUGCUGCGCUUGGAAAAGCUCUGUUUUAGCGCAAAAAUCGACACACAUACUAUUCUUUCCAUCAAAAGAGGCUAG